ACUUGUCCUCUGUCUCCCUCUGAGCUUAGAGGAGGGGGGAGGCGCACAUGCAUUGAGAGAAACGCACACACACUCUCUCUCUCUCUCUCUCUCUCUCUCUCUCUCUCUCUCUCUCUCUCUCUCACACACACACACAUAUACUAGUGGCGACCACAUUUCUACAGCCUGCUCUCCAGACUGACAGCAGCAAACGGAGUUGAGAGCCAGCACGAUUGAGCAACGAGAGGACUAGAAAGAGGACUGGGAACAAGGCAGAGGAGAGGACGGGACAGAGGAUUUUCUCUCUCCUUUUUUUUCACCCUCUUUUAGCUCUAAGGGAGCCAUACAAGGAAUCUUCCCCCUGAACUUGCUCCGCUUCAGGACCUGCAGCCUGCCAUGGCAGCCUCGGUGGGACAUGGGAACACUGUCUCCCUCUCAUCUGGUUCCUCUCAUCCUUGGACUUCCCUCCUCUGGGCUCUAUUGACCCUCGUAAGCCUUGUGCAGGGGUUUAACCUGGAUACUACUCACACUCUGCAUAAGUUGGGAGACCGGGGCACCUUUUUUGGUUUCUCUUUAGCACUUCACCAACAGCUAACCCCUGAGCCUCAGAGCUGGAUCCUUGUUGGUGCGCCACAGGCAGCAGGGCAGGGCCUGUUGCAGGGCAGACGGCCAGGAGCUUUAUUUAGGUGUCCAAUCACACCUGAGGAAUACGACUGUGAGAGGGUGGAUAUUGAUGGAGAUGUGAACUUGGACAAAGAGAGCAAAGACAACCAGUGGCUUGGAGUCACAGUAAAGAGUCAGGGGAUUGGAGGGAAGGUGGUGACCUGCGCUCACCUCUAUGAGCUCAGACAGCGUGUGAGACAACCCUCAGAAACUCGCGACCCGAUUGGCCGCUGCUACGUCCUGAGUGAGGACCUGACGGAGCGAGAUGACCUGGAUGGAGGAGAGUGGAAGUUCUGUGAGGGCCGGCCGCAGGGACACGAGCAGUUUGGCUUCUGUCAGCAGGGCCUGUCUGUCAGUUUCACCCCAGACAACAACUUUAUUCUGUUUGGGGCUCCAGGAACGUACAACUGGAAAGGCGAGAUGCGCGCCCAGCUCCUAAACCAGACUCUGCUUGACCUCGGUCUCUAUGAUGACGGACCCUACGAGGUGGCAGAUCAGAGCCAGCUUAAUGCCUCAUUCAUCCCUGUGCCUUCCCACAGUUACCUGGGGUUUUCUGUGGACUCCGCCAUGGGGAUCAUGAGCCUGGGGGAGCUGACCUUCGUGGCGGGUGCACCUCGGGCCAAUCACACAGGAGCGGUGGUGCUGCUGAGGAAGGAUAACGUGUAUCGGCUGGUGCCGCAGCACAUCCUCUGGGGGGAGGAGCUGGCGUCUUCAUUUGGGUACUCGGUGGCUACGGCGGAUCUGAACAGAGACGGCUGGACCGAUCUGAUUGUCGGAGCUCCUAAUUUCUUCGACCGUAAAGCAGAGAUUGGCGGAGCUGUGUACGUGUACCUGAACCCUUUUGGUCACUGGGACGAUCAGGCUCGGCCGAUUCGUCUCAACGGGACCUACGACUCCAUGUUUGGAAUGACAGUCGGCAGCAUAGGAGAUCUGGACCAGGACGGAUACGGGGAUAUUGCUGUGGGGGCACCAUUUGAUGGAGAUGGCAAAGUUUUUAUCUACAGAGGAUCAGGUGCUGGGAUUGAAACAAAGCCUGCUCAGGUGUUGGACGGCCGAGACUUUGAUGUGAGACGUUUUGGAUACUCCUUCUCAGGCGGUUUAGAUAUUGAUAAUAAUCAUUACCCAGAUCUUGCAGUGGGUUCUCUCAACAACUCUGUGGUUCUCUUCAGGUCCCGUCCAGUCAUCCAUGUGAUCAGAGAGAUAUCACUUAGCCCUUUUAACAUUGAUCUGGAGCAGCACAACUGCAAGGGUAGAGAAGGAGUCUGCAUAGAGGUCAAGGCCUGCUUCGUCUUCAAGGCCCACCCAGAGCACUACUCUCCACACAUCACUCUGGUGGUGCACUUUGAAGCAGACACCAAGCGCAGGAAGUUGGGGCUCCCGCACCGCGUUCACUUCUUGGGCCGCAGUUCUCUCGAGCCAGAGUACACUCAGACAGAGGAAUUGGAGAUGCACCGGCAGCAUCACCCUGCGUGCACAACUGCUGUCUUCCAACUGCAUGAGAACAUCCGUGACAAACUGCGCCCCAUCUCGCUAGCGAUAACUCACACAAUCAAACCCGUGCCACCGCGCAGACACUCAGGUGUCAGAAGGCUGGAGAAGCUGGAGCCGGUGCUGAGUGUUUCUCCCUCCAACACGCUGCACUCUGAGGUGAACUUCCUGCGAGAAGGAUGUGGCACCGAUAAAAUCUGCCAGAGCAACCUGAAGCUGAGCUACCAGUUUGGAACACGACCCAUGACCUCUGACCUCUUCACCCCUCUGCCAAAAGACGAGGAUGAUGUGCAGGUGUUCUCUCUGUCGGACCAGCGACUGGUCGUGCUGGAGAUCACCGUCACCAACAUGCCCUCCAACCCCUUGUACCCUGAGGAAGACGGAGACGACGCCCACGCUGCUCAACUGCUCAUCACUCUUCCUGACACUUUGUCGUACUCCGGCUCCAGGGUCCCACCACAGAUGAGGUGUCAAGCAAACCAGAACGGCUCCCAAGUUGAGUGCGACCUGGGAAACCCUGUGAAACGGGAUACUAAGCUGAAGUUCUCCAUCAAUUUGAGCACAUCGAACAUCACCAUUGAGACGACUGAGCUGACAGCAGAUCUCUUGUUGACGACUAUAAGUGAGCAGCCUGACCUGGAACCUGUCACAGCUUUUGCUAAAGUUGUGAUAGAGCUCCCCCUGUCUGUCAGCGGGCUGGCUCGUCCUCAUCAGCUGUUCUUCAGUGGGACAGUGAGGGGGGAGAGUGCUAUGAAGAGUCUGGACGACGUCGGCAGCCCUGUGGAUUUUGAGUUUGUGGUUGCCAAUCCAGGACAAGCUCUGCAGACACUCGGCUCAGCCUUUCUCAACAUCAUGUGGCCUUACGAGCUGGUCAAUGAGAAAUGGCUGCUGUAUCCCGCUAGUUUGAAGUUUGAGGGUCAUCAAGACACGCACUGCACACCAACAGGAGCACUGAAUCCUUUGGCAUUAGAGUGGAGCUCCUCAGCUGCAGAUCUCCCACAGACUGUCAAUAAUGUGGGUGGGCGAAGACGGCGCUCCCACCCAGAGGAGGAAGGUCAAGUGAUGACAAAAGGCAGCGCUGGACGAACCACCCCAGCUGUGGCAGCUUCAGAGAGACGCAAGUCGCUCAAAUUGGAUUGUCUUUUGGGGUCAGCACGCUGUGUGGUGUUUCAGUGUCCGCUCCACAGCUUUUCUGGUCAGGCUGUCCUCAAAAUCCACGCCCGCCUGUGGAACAGCAGCUUCAUAGAGGAGUUUUCAACAGUCAGUGCUCUGGAGCUGCUGGUCAGAGCCAACAUCACUGUCAAGUCCAGCAUCAAACACCUGGUCCUCAAGGAUGCUUCUGCGCAGGUUCCAGUGAUGAUCUAUCCUGAGCCGGGUCUCACAGAUCAGUACUCGAUUCCAUGGUGGAUCAUCCUCAUAGCUGUCCUUGCAGGCAUCCUGCUGCUGACUCUACUAGUCUGCAUACUGUGGAAGUGUGGCUUCUUCCAGCGGGCCCACUACAAAGACAAAUUGCCUCAGCACCACGCAGUGAAGAUUCCUCGCGAGGACCGGCCACAGUUCCAGACUGAGAAGUCAGGAGUCAUCCACAAAAAGGAAUGGGCCACACACUGGAGCGACGGGACCUCGUAACUCCCCUUGAAGCAGUGACUGAAUUCAUUCAAAUCACCAUAUGUGGCACUCAUUCUGUCUUUGCAUUGGGACUAACAGACUAAAAAAAAGUGCACACAGACUGAGAUCACAACAUCCUGUGCACACUGCACUGUGCUGGUACUGACAUACUUGCAGCCAGUUACUCUGAGAUUGGAUCUAUAAUCGUUCAUACUGAAGCCUGCUUAUGGCUGGCCUAAGAUUGUUUGUUUAUACUUUGCAUCUUUAACAGUGUGUUUUACAGUAAAUACAGAAGGCCAGCAACAAAAUUAGAACCAGAUCAGCUGCUUGAUAUGUUUUACAGCCGGGAGAGGGAGCACUGAUGCUCUCUCUGGGACUUGACUGCAGUAAAAAGGAAGAAAACUCAAAGACAUGCAUGGAUGCACAAACACACAGUUUAAUGAAAGACACACUGGAUUUUGUUGAUGAAGAAGCCACUGCCCUUUACAAAGACUACUUGUUGCCUUAACUACUGUAGAAGUGACAGCUUGUAAGGGAAAGAAAAACUGCAUUUUUUUAUAAAACUGAGAUUUUCUUUAUAGUUAGCACUGAUAAACAGGGACAUUUUCAGUAUGUUAGAUAUCGGUAGAAUUAAAUGUUGCGAAAAACUGAAUGUGUUUUUGUGUGGGCGCACUGUUUUCUCUGAAAAAAGCUGUCAAAUAACUUCCCUUGAUGUUUUUUUACGUGUCCUUGUAAAGGAAAAGAAUGUCUUUGAGAGGAA